GGCAUCAUGUCGGCGGCGCAGGUGUCCUCGUCUCGGAGACAGUCUUGCUACCUGUGCGACCUGCCCCGCAUGCCCUGGGCCAUGAUCUGGGACUUUUCGGAACCCGUAUGCCGCGGUUGCGUCAACUACGAGGGCGCCGAUCGCAUCGAGUUUGUGAUUGAGACAGCGCGCCAACUGAAACGGGCGCACGGCUGCUUCCAGGACGGCCGCUCCCCCGGGCCGCCGCCUCCCGUCGGGGUCAAGACGGUGGCCCUGUCGGCUAAGGAGGCGGCGGCGGCAGCGGCCGCGGCUGCGGCCGCCGCGCAGCAACAGCAGCAGCAGCAGCAGCUCAACCACGUCGAUGGUUCCAGCAAGCCUGCGGUGCUGGCGGCCCCGUCCGGCCUGGAGCGCUACGGCCUGAGCGCGGCCGCCGCGGCCGCGGUAGAACAACGCAGCCGCUUCGAGUACCCGCCACCGCCCGUGAGCCUGGGGAGCAGCAGCCACGCCGCGCGGCUGCCCAACGGCCUGGGGGGCCCCAACGGCUUCCCCAAGCCCACCCCGGAGGAGGGACCCCCGGAGCUGAAUCGCCAGAGCCCCAAUUCUUCUUCGGCGGCAGCAUCGGUGGCGUCUCGGCGCGGGACGCACGGCGGGUUAGUGGCAGGACUGCCCAACCCAGGGGGUGGCGGAGGCCCCCAGCUCACCGUGCCCCCCAACCUGCUGCCGCAGACGCUGCUUAACGGCCCGGCCAGCGCUCCGGUGCUGCCUCCGCCGCCGCCUCACGCCCUGGGCAGCCGUGGGCCCCCGACGCCUGCGCCCCCAGGGGCCCCCGGGGGCCCCGCUUGCCUCGGGGGUGCCCCCGGCGUUUCGGCCGCCUCGUCGUCCGCGGCGUCCUCGACUUCGUCGUCGGUGGCCGAGGUGGGCGUGGGUGCUGGUGGCAAGAGGCCCGGCUCUGUGUCGAGCACCGACCAGGAGCGCGAGCUGAAGGAGAAGCAGCGGAACGCCGAGGCCUUGGCGGAGCUGAGCGAGAGCCUGCGCAACCGCGCGGAGGAGUGGGCCAACAAGCCCAAGAUGGUCCGCGACACGCUGCUCACGCUGGCCGGCUGCACGCCCUACGAGGUGCGCUUCAAGAAGGACCACUCGCUGCUGGGCCGCGUCUUCGCCUUCGACGCCGUCUCCAAGCCCGGCAUGGACUACGAGUUGAAGCUGUUCAUCGAGUACCCCACGGGCUCGGGCAACGUGUACUCCAGCGCCUCCGGGGUGGCCAAGCAGAUGUACCAGGACUGUAUGAAGGACUUCGGCCGGGGUCUCUCCUCCGGCUUCAAGUACUUGGAGUAUGAGAAGAAGCACGGUUCCGGGGACUGGCGCCUCCUUGGAGACCUGCUGCCCGAGGCCGUGCGCUUCUUUAAGGAGGGCGUGCCCGGCGCCGACAUGCUGCCCCAGCCCUACCUGGACGCCAGCUGCCCCAUGCUGCCCACGGCCCUGGUGAGUCUAAGCCGCGCCCCCAGCGCACCCCCGGGGACCGGGGCCCUGCCGCCCGCCACCCCCUCGGGCCGGGGUGCAGCCGCCAGCCUGCGCAAGAGGAAGGCGUCCCCGGAGCCUCCGGACUCCGCCGAGGGCGCGCUGAAGCUGGGCGAGGAGCAGCAGAGGCAGCAGUGGAUGGCGAAUCAGAGCGAGGCCCUCAAGCUCACCAUGUCGGCCGGGGGCUUCGCGGCGCCGGGGCACGCGGCAGGGGGCCCGCCCCCGCCACCCCCACCCCUGGGACCCCAUUCCAACCGGACCACCCCGCCCGAGUCAGCCCCUCAGAACGGCCCGUCGCCCAUGGCCGCCCUCAUGUCGGUGGCAGACACUCUGGGCACGGCGCACUCGCCCAAGGACGGCAGUUCGGUGCACUCCACCACGGCCUCCGCGCGGCGCAACAGCAGCAGCCCCGUGUCACCGGCCUCCGUACCUGGGCAGCGCCGCCUGACGUCGCGGAACGGGGACCUGAGUUUACAGGUGGCGCCCCCGCCGCCUAGCACCCACCCGGGCAUGGACCAAGUGCAUCCCCAAAACAUUCCGGAUUCCCCUAUGGCCAACAGCGGGCCCCUCUGCUGUACCAUUUGCCACGAACGUUUGGAGGACACGCAUUUCGUCCAGUGCCCCUCCGUUCCCAGCCACAAAUUCUGCUUCCCUUGCUCUAGAGAGAGUAUCAAGGCCCAGGGGGCUACCGGCGAGGUGUACUGCCCCAGCGGAGAGAAAUGCCCCCUAGUUGGGUCGAAUGUACCUUGGGCCUUCAUGCAGGGCGAAAUCGCGACGAUCUUAGCUGGGGAUGUUAAAGUGAAAAAGGAGAGAGACCCUUGAACCAGGAGAUAACCACCCCCUUUGCCCCAGACCAGCUCCUCUCCUGUCCAGAGGGCCCCUUCCCAACCCCAUUGACCGCCCCCCACCCCUUCGCUGCCCAAGAUGUAGAAUUGUGAAUAUAACAAACUGCAAAAAGUUAGUCUUAUGUAUAGACAUUAUUUUCGUCGUAUGUUUCUAUAUUUUGAAACAAAGGUAUGUUAACUUCUUCAUUUGAAGGAUAAGCUGGUUUGUGUUAAGUAUAAUAAUUGGUUGGGUCAUUUGCAUCAUAUUCGUUAGCAUUUAUUGGUGGCAGAGUGUUUGCCUAGGUACAGAAGUAAUAGCCCUUAGCAACGACUGCUGCUGGUGUGUAUUUUUGUAAAUGUUAUGCACUCACAGAAAGGAAAAAAAAAACACAAAAGAAAAUGACUUUUUUUUUUGCCAAGGCCAGUGUUGCUGCCUAAAAAAAAAAUGAUGCUAUAAAAUGGUGAGAGCUUCUUUCUGAACAGCCCCAAGUGUUGACGUCUUCACUUUAUUUUGUUCAGUUUUGUUCUGUUGGUUUUUUUUUUCUGUUUCCUUUGCAAAAUGGUAAGGGGGGUGUUGGGGGGGUGGGUGUUUUUUGUUGCAAGUUGGUGAGGGAAAAUGUUUUUUGGUUUGUUUCUACUGACCUGAAUGUGUUGGAUCUUCACGUGUUGUUUUGUUUUUGCUUUAUUGAUGCACGGAUGCUUUUUGAACAGUAGAGCGAAAUGCUAGACAUGGAGAAUCUGCUCUGUUCGUCCUUUAUACAUUUCUGUAGUUAACAGAACACUGUAAUGUGCCUUGGAGCUUAGUAACUUGUAAUAAAUUCAAUUGAUAUUAA